AUGUCUUUUCGGUUUCUGCUUCCUUUUCACACAACACGCCUUAAUGCGUUUACUCCUCGGAUAUCUUUUUCUAAAACAACCAAGGAUCUUCAGGACCUGUUCGUAGAUCCGAAAGUGCACACUCUCCUCCGGUUAAUUACUUACAAUAAUGCAAACGUCGUUCAUCUACCCUGGGUCAAAAAAUUUCAGAAGGAUGAAAUACGGUUAUUGAGUGACCAGGAGUUGCAAACGGUCAAACAGUUCAGCGUGGCCUUCACAAAUCAACGUCUUCAGAUGCCUCCAGUACUUGCUUCGCGGGAUGAGAAUGACACUGUUGCUCCAGUGAUAUCGAAAGACGAGAAACUUCAGGGAUUGCUACCCAGUAACUACAAACUGGUGUUCACAGAUAUCAGUGCUGGCGAAACUCCUCGUCGUCGAUUGAUUGUUGUCCGUGAACCAGAUGGUACCCUACGGCAUGCUUCGGCCUCGGAACGGGAUCGCAUCAAUUCCAUUUACUUUCUCUUACCGGGUCGGCGGGUUCGGGUUCCACUCAUGUUUUAUGGCCAGCAUCUGCAGGACAUGCUCAACCGAGGCCAAUAUUUGUACAUAUUGGAUAGGGCUUGCAAUCAGUUUGAGCCCGAUGACCCCGAAUAUAUUCGUAUUUGCCAUUCGGUUUACAAUCAUAUCAAUGCCAACUCAUGGGCCCCCAUACACUCGACAACCGAGACAGAUCCAACUUCUACAAAGAAUCCACUACGUUUACUUCGACACACAAGACACUAUGGCCCUCUGGCUCUGUACCUGAUUGCCUAUCUAGGCAGCCCCGGUGGUCUUGUCUACGAGGCUCUACAGUGUCAACACUAUGCGCGUCUCGGUUGGCUUCUCCGUCUCGUGCUUCUCCUUCGGCCUGCAUCCCCCUUCGCCCUGGCCUUGAAGGAGUGCAGUUUACCUCCCCCACCGCCUGCAGAGAUGGAUGUUGGAACAUACUUAGCGGACCAGUCAAAGCUACCAUUGACUUCAACGGAUAUACAGAACAUUUUAUCCUACGUCCAGCUGUUUGUCGAUCGUGAACCUCUCGCCGAUUCUCACAAGCGUCUGCUCAUGCAACAUGUCGAGGCAUGCCGUGAAGGCCUCGCUGCCAAUUGUCAAGAGGAAGCCUUGGGCGAGCAACCGUUUCUCGCUGAACCAAACAGUGGUAUGUUUCUGCGAGAAUUUGUAUUCUACGUAAGCACCGGUUACAGCUUCGUUCGAAAGUAUCUGGCUGGACAUAAUUGGUAUACACGGAUCACACCGAAGCUAAUUUUGGGAGCUUUGCCUUUACGGUCUUUUUGGGAUGAGCUUGAACGCACGGAAAAUGUCACGCAUAUUGUGAGCAUGCUGGAACCUUUCGAAGUGAAGUCGUUCGUUGUUGGAUCUGAAGAAGCCGAAUCACGUGGACUCAAACAUUUGUCGCUUCCGGUGCGGGAUUUUGUGGGUGUGCCCACAGUUGAACAGGUAGAAGCCGGUAUCACAUUUAUCGAUUCAUGCACUGACCCUAAUGGGACGGUCUACGUUCAUUGUAAGGCUGGCCGUACGCGCUCUGCCUUCCUCCUUGCGUGUUAUCUUAUGCGUCGUGAUCGAAUCAGUGCAGAACACGCAGUUAAGCUGAUUAAACAGAAGCGACCUCAUAUUAAGUUUACAACGGCGCAAUGGUCAUCACUGCAAGAUUUUUCGCAGAUGGAUUCCUCUCAACAAGAAAAGCCUCCCUCAUAUUUAUGCAAACCAUUGUUCUCAGAAAUGAGUUUGACUGCAAACAACACAAGUACGGAUGGACCUACUGGUAAUGGAGAUUUUGAUGUGAUCAACGUGGACCAUGAAGAUCCGAAAGAAGCAGAUGACCUAUCACCUUCCGUAAGAUUGCGUUCUACAGAGGGGCAUGUGAGUUCUCGUUCUACAACUCUGAAAAAAUCCUCUCGUCCGUCUUCCGGGGAUGGAUUUACUUCUCGCCAGCAACCUCCACACGAUUCAACAUUGCCUUCACCCCGCUAUCUCAAUCUUAGGGUCUCAUUAUCCAUCGCCUUCUUUUUUCGUAUUGCAUUGCUACUAUUCUCCGUGUGGCAGGAUACUACGCGUUGGCCCGAUGGGCAGCUGCGUUUCACUGACGUGGACUACGACGUCUUCACUGAUGCUGCACGAGCCCUCGUUUCCGGAGAAGAUAUUUACAAUGCUAGACCGACCUAUCGUUACUCUCCCCUCAUAGCAGCUUUGAUCGCUCCAGGUCAUUGGCCAUUUCGCAACCGUCUGGUUCGCCAGUCUCCAUCAGUUAGUCCGAAGACCUUGUUCGAUCCAUCUUUGAAUACGCAGCGCACUCCUAUGCAUACAAGCACUCACGGACUGACAAGCGUAGAAGAUGCACUGUCAAGGCUUUGGGGGAAACUUAUCUUCAUCAUAGCUGACCUGAUGUGCGCCUGGUUACAAUACAACAUAAUUAUUAUCCAGGCCAUGCCCGAGACUGUACAUGAAUCUUCAGAAAAUAUAUCCUUCCCUUCGGCCAAACUCAGCCAGCUGGCGGUUUUGUUGGUCUCUUUCGGAUGGCUUUUCAAUCCGGUUACGGCGGUGGUGUCAGUCCGUGGGAACGCAGAAGCUGUUCUUGGGGUGUGCAUACUUGCUUGCCUUGCUCUCAUCCUGAGACGUCGUCUGUUUCUGGCGGGCCUCUUUUUUGGAAUCUGCAUACAUCUCAAACUUUAUCCAGUCAUUUACUCCCCGGCAAUUUAUUUGUGGUUAUCUCAAUGGUCUUGCAAACCUUCCGGUUCAACUUACUCCCGUUUGCGUCUCCUGAUUCCAUCACGAGCCCAUUUCGCAUUUGCACUCGGCACCCUGCUCAGUCUUGGUCUGCUCACAACGAUCGGCUAUGUGUACUUUGGUGGCAUGGUGUUUCUCCAUCAGGCCUAUCUGUACCACUUUACGCGUGUUGAUAUGAAGCACAAUUUCGCACCUCAUUUUUAUCCGUUCUAUCUGUUGUCUGGUCUGCAAUGGAAAAUGCUAGAUAUGAAAACUGUCACAGGGCUUCUAAAUUACGGCACGACACGAGAAAUCCUCUUUCGACAACUGUCAGCUCUGAUGGGGAUGCACGAACCGACUGUACAAGAUAGUCUGACCACCUGGAUCAUCACGCAGUGCGCAUUAAAUGCAGACGUGGUCAAACGCGUGUUCAACGCAAUUGCGACGCUGCAGUCCCUUGUGCUCAUCCCUGGACUGUCGUUCAAACUAUUUGGUCAGCUUGGUUUAUGUUGGUUUGCGGUUACCUACGCGUUCGUCACAUUUAAUAAGGUGUGUACUUCACAGUAUUUUCUUUGGAGUCUCGUCUUGUUGCCUAUUGCGUUGGCCCAAGUGAAAUUACCGUCCAACCGCCUGGUCAUCCCAACUGUAGUUGAGAUGUUGCUGAUGUGGCUGGCUCCUCAAGCUCUGUGGUUAGCUUCAGCCUACACACUAGAAAUGCGCACACCCACUUCCCAACUGAUGGCUCGUUGGGUGUGUACUUCACAGUAUUUUCUUUGGAGUCUCGUCUUGUUGCCUAUUGCGUUGGCCCAAGUGAAAUUACCGUCCAACCGCCUGGUCAUCCCAACUGUGGUUGAGAUGUUGCUGAUGUGGCUGGCUCCUCAAGCUCUGUGGUUAGCUUCAGCCUACACACUAGAAAUGCGCACACCCACUUCCCAACUGAUGGCUCGUUGGGUAUGGAUUUUGGUUUGGUGCUCGUCGCUGGUUUUCUUGCUUUUCAAUAUUAUUUUAUUAAGGCGUUUGAUAAAGUGGCGCAAACCCCGUGCUACUUUGAUUCCUGCAGACAUUGUGGGGGAAUCGGAUAGCCAUGAGCUCACUGACAAGAAGACCCUCUAAGUAACACUUCCAUUCACUAUGUGAACCUGUUAACUCCCUCCUUUACUUACCGCAUUUUAACUCCUUACACAGCUCAACUGUACCACUGUAUAUUUUUGUUAUUUUCUAUGUUUUGUUUCGGAUUGGUUAGAUUGUUUUCCUGUGUUUCAGACCAUCCAACUUCAACCAUUCCAAACUUGUUUACUUUUUUUGGCCACUUUGUCGCUGAGUGUUCUGUUUAAUGUAUGCACAACACACACACACGAUUUGUGUGAAUGAUCAUUUCAGUAGACCAGCACAAACUAGUGGUUUUUUGCUGGGUACUAUGCAGA